CUCUCUUUCCUUAAACUUCCAUUUUCUCUCUCUAAACCCUCUAGAAAGAGAGAGAGAGUGAUCGGAGAAUAGCUUCCCUUCAGAUUUUGCUUUGAUUUUGUUCCUUUUCUGUGUGAGGAAUCUAAUAAUGUCUUCACAGGCGCCCGGAGCAGCGCCGGCUCCGACCUCGCCCCCUGCUCCGCCCGCCAACGCCACUUCUCCGCCCCCUGCACCAACUGCUCCGCCGCCUUCUCCGCCGGCGCAGCCUCCUCCGCCGAGUUCUUCUCCGCCACCGCCCUCGACUCCCGCUCCUUCAACUUCUCCUCCUGCGCCAUUGACGCCUUCCGCCCCCGCCCCUUCCGGUUCUUCUCCCCCGUCGAUUCCCUCUGCACCUCCCAGCAGAACCCCAUCUCCUCCAUCGCGCACGCCUCCUUCUCCACCUCGUCCUCCGCCCCGGUCCACUCCCUCUCCACCUCCUCCUAGAAGAGGAGGAGCAGGAGGUAGUCCGGCGACCCCAUCGCCGCCUCCUGAUGGCGGAUCGUCGGGGCUAUCAACGGGUUUGGUGGCCGGAAUCGCAAUUGGGGGAGUUUUGAUACUGGCAGCUUUGUGCUUGAUAUUCAUAUGUUGCAGAAAGAAGAGGAGAAGAGAUAACGUGCCCGUAGAUUACUAUGCACAACAACCUCCUCCUCCUCCUCCCGGGCCUAAAGCUGAUUCUUAUGGUGGCCCAGCAAACCAUUGGCAACAUUAUGCCCCACCACCUUUGGAUCAUGUUGUUACAAUCCCUCCAAAGCCAUUUCACCCUCCUCCCGGGGCGUCUAGACCACCGUUUUCUCCUCCUCCCCCGGCUCCACCUCACAUAAGCAGCAGUGGAGCUUCGUCCAAUUAUUCGGGAUCUUCAAAUCCACUCCCACCACCUUCACCUGGAAUGGCUUUGGGGUUCUCAAAGAGCACAUUCACUUAUGAAGAACUGGAAAGGGCAACUGAUGGCUUCUCGGAUGCCAACCUUAUCGGACAAGGAGGUUUUGGCUACGUGCAUAGAGGGAUCCUUCCUAAUGGGAAAGAGGUCGCUGUUAAGAGGCUAAAAUCUGGCAGUGGGCAGGGUGAGAGGGAAUUUCAAGCUGAGGUGGAGAUUAUUAGCAGAGUGCACCACAAACACCUUGUUUCUUUAGUUGGAUACUGCAUCGCUGGCUCUCAGCGAGUGCUUGUCUAUGAGUUUGUGCCAAACAACACCCUUGAAUAUCACUUGCAUGGGAAGGGAAGGCCUCCAUUGGAUUGGCCCACACGACUUAAGAUUGCUUUAGGGUCUGCAAAAGGACUGGCUUAUCUACAUGAGGACUGCAAUCCAAAAAUCAUUCACCGUGAUAUCAAGGCUGCCAAUAUACUUCUGGACUUCAAGUUUGAGCCUAAGGUGGCUGAUUUUGGACUUGCAAAACUCACUUCUGAUGUUAACACUCACGUUUCAACACGGGUUAUGGGCACGUUUGGGUACUUGGCUCCUGAAUAUGCUUCAUCUGGGAAACUUAGUGAAAAAUCUGAUGUGUUCUCAUUUGGAGUAAUGCUUCUAGAGUUAAUUACUGGGCGUCGACCCGUUGACUCUAAUCAAGCCUUCAUGGAUGAUAGCUUGGUGGACUGGGCAAGGCCUUUACUAACUCGUGCUCUGGAAGAAGGAAACUUUAAUACUCUUGUAGAUCCACGACUAGAGAAUGAUUACAACCACAACGAAAUAUCGCGUAUGAUUGCUUGUGCUGCUGCUUGUGUCCGUCAUUCUGCUAGACGUCGACCUAGAAUGAGCCAGGUUGUGAGGGCCUUAGAAGGGCAAAUGUCAUUAUCUGAUCUCAACGAGGGAAUCAGGCCAGGGCAGAGCACGGGGUACAGUUCGUACGGAGGAAGUUCAGAUUAUGAUACAAUGCAAUACAAUGAAGACAUGAAGAAGAUGAGGAAGAUGGCACUGGGAAGCCAAGAAUACAGCACUGGCCAGUACAGUAACCCUACCAGUGAAUAUGGAUUGAAUCCAUCCGGUUCCAGCAGCGAAGGCCAAGAAAUGACGAUGAAGAAAGAAAGCAGUGGGUACAACGGAAGGUAGCGGCUUCUCAGCUCAUUCAUUCAUUCAAUGAAAUGUGUAUUAUAAAUAUAUAUAAAUAAAUUCUACUGCAGGCUAACUCUUCAAUCUCUUGGUCGUUAGUUAACACAUCAAUUCUUUCUUCCUCCUGAAUUUUGUGUGAUUUUUUUUUUUGUAAAUUUUUUCUCUCUCUAAAUUGUUGUAUUUACUGUCAAUUCAUGCAAAGGAGAUGAGGUGUUGCUUUAAUUCUUUGCUGUUCAUAAAAUAUUUAAUUGGUU